AUAACAAAGAGCCAUUAUUAAUACGAGUAGCUUAUAAAGCUUCGCUUGCUCGGCAUCAUAUAAUACUAACACUUACACUAUCCCGAGGAAAUAAAUAGUACACUUCCUCCCGAGACCUAUACUUCAAGGGAUGAGACAUUUUGCAUCUAGAUAUCAGAAAUCAAUUCACCAAUUCAUUGACAUUCUUGCAUCUUACAAUCGUCAAUAUGAUUAUUCAUCGUGUUACACUAUUUAACAUCCCAAAAGAGGAAGACAUUGAUUUCCUUGUUAGUCAGUAUCAAGUAUUAAAGCAAGAAGCCGUGAAGGAUGGCCAGCCUUAUAUCCAAUCAGUAAUAGCUGGACGUGCACUACCCGAUGAGCGAUCCCGGGGUUAUACCCUCGUCGGUAAAACCAUAUUUCGUAACCUGGAUGAUAUGAAAUACUACGACAAAGAAUGUGAAGCUCAUAAGCGGUUUAAGGCACAUGCCGCUCCAAGGAGGGUUGGUGAUGUCUUGACAGUAUAUUUUGAGGAAUCAGGAACUACGUGAUGAUCUUAGUUGAUACCGGGUAACGAAUAUGGAACGCUAUAACCUGGGUAACACUAGGAAAUGCGGGGGGCACUCUCAUAGUGAGAAUCAUGGCUUGGUCAUAACCUCGGUAGUGAAGUAGGUUUCAUGAAAUGGAAUUCAUACUCGCUUUUAGCCCCCCGACGGAAAUUUGCGUCUAAAAUGUGCUUUUUGCGAAAAUCCGAAUUGGCUAUGGAGAAAGAUUCAAAAGUAUGCCGGCGCCAAUAGAUGUCUACCUUCUACAUGCUAUGUUACUAUCACGGGGCGAUGUAACAAUUCAUUAAAUUAGCAACUAUCAAUUUACCUGAGUAUCAAUUUAGUACC